CCUUGCGAGGAAAUGAGCAAAGAGGAAGGAGCCCCGUGGUGCCUGGCCGGCCUGGCAGAGAGAGAGCGAGCGAGCGGGAGGGCGGAGGAGCCGAAGCCGAAGCCGGGGAGGAUGCCCCUCCUGCACUUGCACUCCAUGCUGGAGCUGCUGCCCUUCCUGCUCCUCCUCCUGCUCUGCUCGGCCGUCGGCUUCCUCCUGAUCUUCCUCCAGAGACCUCCGCCGGAGACCAAGCAGAACUAGGGGCGGCGGCUGGAAGAUGCCGGGUCUCCCGAGCCCCAAGCAGUUACUACUAACGCAGUUGCUUCCGUGACCACUGAAAGAGGGAAAGAGAUGGGAGACACAGGCAAAGAAGACUAUAAGAUACACUCAUUUGAUACAGAGAUUCAGCACUUGCUGAAGACAGCUCUCAAAGACCCCAACAGUGUGGAUUUGGAGAAGGUGGCCAAUGUCAUUGUGGACCAGUCCCUCAAAGACUGCGUGUUCAGUAAAGAAGCAGGACGUAUCUGCUACACCAUCAUUCAGGCAGAAAGCAAGCAGGUGGGCCAGAGUGUCUUCCGGCGGGGCCUCCUCAACCGCCUUCAGCAAGAGUAUAAGGACCGUGAUGAGUUACGAGCUCGUUCCCUCCAGGCCUGGAUUGGCUACGUCACCUUCAUCUGUAGCAUCUUUGAUUAUCUGAGAGUCAACAACAUGCCCAUGAUGGCAUUGGUGAAUCCAGUUUAUGAUUGCCUGUUUCAGCUGGCACAACCUGAUAGCAUGCAAAAAGAGGAAGAGGUGGAUUGCCUGGUACUACAGCUACACCGCAUUGGCGAACAGCUGGAGAAGAUGAACUCUCAGCGGAUGGAUGAACUCUUUUCUCUCCUGCGCGAUGGCUUCCUUCUGCAGGAGGGCCUCAGCUCCCUCUCCCAGUUGCUGCUGUUGGAGAUCAUCGAGUUCCGGGCUGCUGACUGGAAAAUGACAGAUGCAGCCCAGAAGUACUAUUACAGUGAGGUCACUGAUUGAACCAUUAACCAUCAGCUCACAGGGAGAGUUUGCAUUUCCACUCUGACCUAUUUUCACCAGCAACUUCCAUUCAAAGGAAAACAAAAGCAGCAAUUAUUUUCAAUGCUUUUUUUCCUAGCACUUUUUGUAUAUAGAAUAUAUAACAGGUUCCCUCAAUAGCUCUUUUGCGCUGGGUAGCUGCCAGCUGAAACUGGGGAGGUAGGUAGGAGGUAGGCAGUUGCAUUUAGUGGGGAGAAAGUAUCUUUUCGAAACUGUUGCUCCUAAUGUGUUGCACUAAAUAGGGACCUGUUGUAAUCAUCACUGCAAGAUAGACUGACAUUGUAAACAGGGUUGUACUUUUCUUAUUUGCCUACGUUGCAUAUGUUAAUUUUGAAGUAUGCAAUCUAGAAAUGAAUUUGGCAGCGAUUUAAAGUCUAUCUGAUAAUAACCUUAUUUACUCUGAAGGCAGACAGUAAGCUGUGUCUUAAGCCCAAACUACCGUCAUCUAAUGCAAUUUGAAAUUGCUUUAUAUGGCAAUGUAGAUGGAGCCCUACUCUCCAGCUAUUUGGCAGCUUGUUGUUUUUCAUGCUCUUCAGCUUUUGUAACUGAUUUUAAUUUUAAAAAGGAAAGUGAUCCUGUAAUCAAAGCACAAGCCUAGAAUUUUAGUAUGUGUCCUUGUAGCCCACUCUAAAUGCUCUAAAAAUCACUUGCUAGGGGGUACAUGAGCAGGAGGGCAGCAUUUUAUUCACUUUUCCCAUAUGCGUUUCCUAUACUGUGAUUAACCACUGGGGGAACUGAAUUGUCAACUAGAUAGGACUCUUAUGUCCUCCAGUGGAGAUCUGCUUAUUAGGAGUCUCAUAUAUGCCACUGCUACUAGCAGUCAUUGGGAAGCAUACAUGAUGUUCUGAAAUCAAUGGCCUAAGUUGAAUUGCUAGUCUUAAUAAAAUUGCCAGCUAAAUCAGUGUAAUACAAUGAAGUCAACGUUUAAUUGCUCUGCUUUACAUAAGAUUCAUAAUUGGGCUGAAGCAAAACAAAUGCUUCAUUUAGAGUGCCUGUACUACAUAGCUAUUAAUGGCAAAGAUCUUUCCCACAUUUCCUGCUUCUGCCCAAAAAGCAGUCAGGUUUUUAAAAACUGUUUGCUUCUUUCUAAUAUGAAGGGGAAAGUGUCUUCCUAUCACAUUCUCAUGAGAUUAAAAUUCUGCAGUAUUGUUUCCACAAACAAAUGGCAUCAUUGGAAUGGCAAUCUUACAUCCUUUUUUGUCACGGAAAUAUAUGCUGUCUAAAAACUGGCAUUCUAAGUAUACAGGGAGCAUAAAGUUCAGCAAUAUAUUGUUCAGAUUUGGCAGGACUGUACUAUUUAGACUGCAAGUCUAAACACUUCCUUUUUGCAAUUAAAACAGGUUUUUGAAUGCAGAAAAUGAUUUUAGUAGAACGAAGUUAGCCUAGAGCCUUUCGCUAUACAAUAGGGUCACAAGCCAGGGGACUUUCAUAUAGGACAUUGAGUUGUGACAGUUAUUGGCGAUCUGUGUGGGAUAAUCCAAGGAAGGUGGAAAAAGUUGACAUUCACUCAUAUGCAAGUACGUUCCAUCAAAAUCAAGCAGCCCUUAUUUCCAGAUGAACGCAUUUGGGGCAGUGACUGUCUCUCUCUCUGUUCCCAGCGUUUUAAUUUUUAUAUUAAAGAAUUAUAGCAGUUGGGGGAACCGUUUGGCCCUUCAAAUAUGCUGUUCUACAAUUCCCAGUCUUAUAAUGCUGGUAAUGAAAAUGGUAAGAACUUAACUCUCAAAAUAUUUAGCGGGCCAAAGAUCUCGUACAACAGCCUCCUGGCAUCAAGGGACGGACAUCACUAUUGUACGGCAUAGUCAUUAAGGGCAUGUCACACUACAGAAGCCGUUCAAUUUUUAGCUACAUGGAUGCCACUUAAUGCUCCCAUAACAGAUUCUGCAGCACUUCCAUUUCUAAUAUAGGAUGCCACUAUGAGAGGAUUAAUCCUGCUAUAGUUGCAGGAGGGUGCUAUGCAAAUGCUUUCAACAUACAGCCCCAAUAUAUGCUUUUUCUUUUUAACCCACUCCCAGCCAGCUCAGGUAUAGCUAACAGCUAAGGCAGUGCCUUCUUCCUCUAAGAUGGGCAGGAUUUGCUGCCCCUCCAUGAUGUUCGAGGGAACAACUCCCAUUCACCACAGAACAUGGUAGAAACAUCAAGAGGGUCCCACUAGAGGUUACAUAAUGCCAAUGGACUUCCAGAGCCUCACUCUGGCAAAAUUGUUCCACUGAGAAGAUACAAAAGCAAAUUGAUUUUGUAGCUUUUAUACAACUGCUUUGAAAUACAGUAUUGUACAUUUCUACUAAGAAGGUUGGUUCUCUUUGGAACUUUUUUUAAAAAUAAACAUUUUACACUGCUGUC